AUGUCUAAAGCAGUAAUUCAAAGCAAUUUAGAUAAUGACACACUUUCAAAAACACUUGAAAGAGGUGAUUUUGAAGAAUACCCUGAAAGAUUUAUUGAAGAUGGUAUUCAUGAUUUUCCAAAUGAAGAAGAAUCUGUUGAAUUAGAUGUUAAUGUUGUUAAUGAAAUGGAUGAUUCUUCUAGUUCUACAGAUGAAGAUAAAAUUGCAAGAGAGAAUGGAGAAGAAGUUGCUUAUAAAUCAAAAAUAAGUAAAAAAGUUAAUUAUAAUUCAGAAGGAGAAAGUAAAGAUGAACUCUCUAAAGAGGAUAUUAAAAAUAUUAAGAAAUUAAAGAAAAAGAAAGCUAAGAAAGGGUUUACAGUAGAAGAUAUGAUUGCUAGAAACUUUCAAGAAUUACUUUGUGAACAAAAAGAGUUUAAAAGAAAUGAAGUUGGUGAUCUUCAAAGAACCAAAAAGACUUGGUAUAAAAUUUUUUCAAAUUCAUUUUCUUUUGGAUUUUCUCUUACAAACUCUCUUAUCGGUGCUGGUAUUCUUUCUUUAAGUCAGACAUGUUACAAAAUGGGAGUUAUAGGUUUUGUUGCAUGGUGUCUUGCUACUAUAGUAUAUUUUGUUAUAACAUGGAAUUAUUUCAAUAGAGCAAUUUAUAUCACAGGAGCAGCAACAAUGGGAGAAUUAUUAUCGCUUAUUUUUGGUAAGUGUUUGCUUGUAUUGUAG